GGCGAAAGGGAACAAAAUCGGUUGGUCCGGAUGUCGGGUUGAGAGACGGGGAGACGGGGACCGGGGUUCAUGGAGGGCGGAGAGGAACGGGCGAUGUCGGGAUCGAGGGGAUCGAAGAUCGCGGAGGUCGGGGAGAAUCUGGGCAGCGCGGAUGUCGGAGGGGAUCAGGGUCGGGAGUGGGGGGGGAAAAGUUCGGAGAGGUCGGGGUCGGGGGGUGAUGUCGGGAUCGACGGGGUCGGGGUUCGCCGAGAACGGGGAACAGACAAGGUUGGGAACGACGAGAUCGGGGUUUGCCGAGGUCGGGGAAGGAUCGACGGGGUCGGGGUUCGGGGAAGUCGAGGAGGGUCGGGGUCGAGAGUGAGGGGGGAGAAGCCGGUGGGGUUGGGAUCGGAGGCGGGGAAGGUAGUAUCGGUCCCGGGGUCGGGCUCAGGGACGGGGGAAGGUACAGUCGGGAGGCGAGAGGAGGGCGAUGUCGGGAUCGACGAGAUCGGGGAACGAACAAGGUCGGGACCGAUGGACUCGGGAAUCUCGAAGGGCGGGGAGGGUCAACGGGGAAGUGAGGGAGGAGAAGACGGUGGGGUCGGGAUCGGAGGCGGAGGAGGGAGUUUUGGGGGUCGGGGUCGGGGACGGGGGAGGAUCAGUCGGGACGCGGGAGGAGGGGGACGCGAGAGGAGAGGGAUGUCAGGGCGGGAUCGGGGCCGGGAUCUGAGGUGGGGUGUGAGGGACGAAACGGGGAAAUCGGAGGCGGGGGGAAGGAGAGGGACGAAACCGUGGGAUCGGAGGGGCUGAGGUCGGGGACGAGGGAGGAUUCAGUCGGAAUACGGAAGGGGAGGGGAUAUCGGGGCGGGGUCGGGGCCGAGAUCUG